UGUCGAUGCACUCAAUUAUACCAAAUCUAGCCAUACUGCUUUAACCUGGUGAAACGUGUUGUCGACAAAUUAGACGAACAGUCUGUUUUUAUUUCGUUAUAACUAAAAAUUUAAGAAACAUAUUUUAUAUCACCGAAAUGGCUGAAGCAAUGCGUCAAACUGUGGCUGGAAUGUUAAAAGGCAUUGAAAGAUAUAAUCCAGAUCAUUUAGCCACUCUGGAAAAAUAUGUUGAAAUACAAUCAAGAGAAAAUGCAUAUGAUUUGGAAGCCAAUUUAGCAGUUUUGAAGCUCUAUCAAUUGAAUCCACAUAAAUUUGACAUGGAUAUUACGUGUCAAAUAUUGUUAAAGGCUCUGACAAAUCUACCACAUACAGAUUUUGUUCUGUGCAAAUGUCUCCUCAGUGAAAAAAUUAUGCAAGAAAGUCCUAUUAAUCAAAUUAUGUAUUUAGGAGGUAUUUUGGAACAAUGUGACUUUCAGCAUUUUUGGGACAGAGUUCUCUCCAUGUCUGACCUUUGCGACAAUAUUGUAGGAUUCCAAGAUUCGAUAAGAAAAUUUGUUUGUCAUGUAGUGGGAAUUACUUUCCAAACAAUAGAUAAAAGCCUCUUGGCACAACUUCUUGGCAAUGUUGAUGAUGCUACCUUAAAACACUGGGUAAAGAAGUAUGGAUGGAAAGAGGAAAGUAAAACGAUUAUUUUUAUCGCCAAUCAAGAUGAGAAUAUAAAAACAAAAAAUAUUACAGAAAAAAUAGAUUUUGAAAAUGUUGCUGGCCUAAUGGCAGCCUGUCUUUAAAAGUUGCAAUCUGAAUAAACGUUUCUUUUUUUUUGUAUACAGUAUGGUUUUCUUGUAUCGAAAUAAUGUCGGUAUCGCUAAUCCUGAAUUCAUUUUUAUAAUGCUACAAUACUUUUUCAGUGUAAAAUGC